CAAUUUUCCAAUAAAGCAGUGCAACAUCAGCUUCAGCCCCCUAUGCUUCUGGAUCAUUCCAGACCCUCCAGGCACAGUUGCUAGUUACUCAACGCUGAAAAGGCUGAGAAAUGAUCGCCAAGAUAUUUGCAUGCUGGGCCAUUCUUGCCACAAGUGCAUAUAUAUCAGUCUCCUCUAAAAAGUGUACGACCCGUUGGUUUGACCGUGAUGAUCCUAGUGGAAUGGGAGAUUAUGAGCUUUUGGCUGACCUGUUGACUUCUAACCCUGGGUACAUUUGUCGUAAGCCAAUCGGGAUAGAAGCUCAGACCAUUUCUGGUCUUUCCGCAUCUCAAACAGGAAAUGUAUUUCAAGUAUAUGAUGCCACCCAUGGGUUUGCUUGUGUAAAUGCAGCCCAAGGAGGAGGGCAGUGUGCUGACUAUAAGGUGCGCUUUAUCUGUCCGGAAGAGUUUUGUUCAAGCUGUAGGACACCAUGGAUAGACCGUGAUAACCCUGACGGCGUUGGAGACUUUGAGACCCUUGAUCAUAUUCAGAUAGAAUACCCAUUACAGGUCUGCCCUCAACCUAUCGCAAUUGAGGUCACAACCCUUAGUGGGAUCCAGAUACAGCAGACUUCAAGCAUUUUUCAAUUAUUUGACCCUCUACAGGGCUUUUCCUGUGUAAAUGGGAAUUUGUCAUGUCAGGACUACAGGGUUCGUUUCACUUGUCCACGAAGUUUUUGCCAAACAAAGUGUGUAACUCGUUGGUUUGACCGUGAUGAUCCCAGUGGAAAUGGAGACUUUGAAUAUUUGUCUGAUCUUCUCAAAGAAUAUCCUGGGUUGAUAUGUCAGAAUCCAAUAGGAAUAGAGGCUCAGACCGUCUCUGGCCUACAAGCUUCUCAAACUGGAAACGUCUUCCAAGUGUAUAAUACUAUCUCUGGGUUUGCCUGUGUGAAUGAAGAACAAGGAGGUGUGCAGUGUGACGAUUAUAAAGUGCGCUUUCUCUGCCCAGAUUCAUUUUGCUCAAGCUGUAGGACACCUUGGAUAGACCGUGAUAACCCUGACGGCGUUGGAGACUUUGAGACCCUCGAUCAUAUUCAGAUAGAAUACCCACUACAGGUCUGCCCUAAACCUAUCGCAAUUGAGGUCACAACCCUUAGUGGGACCCAAAUACAGCAGACUUCAAGCAUUUUUCAAACAUAUGACCCUCUACAGGGCUUUUCCUGUGUAAAUGGGAAAUUGUCAUGUAAGGACUACAGGGUUCGUUUCACUUGCCCACGAAGUUUUUGCCAAACAAAGUGUGUAACUCGUUGGUUUGACCGUGAUGAUCCCAGUGGAAAUGGAGACUUUGAAUAUUUGUCUGAUCUUCUCAAAGAAUAUCCUGGGUUGAUAUGUCAGAAUCCAAUCGGAAUAGAGGCUCAGACCGUCUCUGGCCUACACGUUAUUCAAACUGGAAACGUCUUCCAAGUGUAUAAUGCUAUCUCUGGGUUUGCCUGUGUGAAUUCAGAACAAGGAGCAGUGCAGUGUGACGAUUAUAAAGUGCGCUUUCUCUGCCCAGAUUCAUUUUGCUCAAGCUGUAGGACACCAUGGAUAGACCGUGAUAACCCUGACGGCGUUGGAGACUUUGAGACCCUCGAUCAUAUUCAGAUAGAAUACCCACUACUGGUCUGCCCUCAACCUAUCGCAAUUGAGGUCACAACCCUUAGUGGGAUCCAGAUACAGCAGACUUCAAGCAUUUUUCAAACAUUUGACCCUCUACAGGGCUUUUCCUGUGUAAAUGGGAAUUUGUCAUGUCAGGACUACAGGGUUCGUUUCACUUGUCCACGAAGUUUUUGCCAAACAAAGUGUGUAACUCGUUGGUUUGACCGUGAUGAUCCCAGUGGAAAUGGAGACUUUGAAUAUUUGUCUGAUCUUCUCAAUGAAAAUCCUGGGUUGAUAUGUCAGAAUCCAAUCGGAAUAGAGGCUCAGACUGUCGCUGGCCUACAAGCUUCUCAAACUGGAAACAUCUUCCAAGUGUAUAAUGCUAUCUCUGGGUUUGCCUGUGUGAAUUCAGAACAAGGAGGUGUGCAGUGUGACGAUUAUAAAGUGCGCUUUCUCUGCCCCGAUUCAUUUUGCUCAAUUUGUAGGAAACCCUGGAUAGACCGGGAUGACCCUAGUGGUGUUGGAGACUUUGAGACCCUGGUAGAUAUUCUAGCUGAAAAUCCACAACAGGCCUGCCCUCAACCAAUUGCUAUUCAGGUCGCAACCAUUAGCGGGACCACAGUAAUGCCAACUGGAAACAACUUUGAAGUAUAUGAUCCAUUACAGGGGUUUAGCUGCAUGAAUACAAAGCAGAUUGGAGGCGUCUGUCAGGACUACAAGGUCCGCUUCACAUGUCCAAAGAGUGUCUGCUAAAUUUCUGCAUACUAAAUGAAUUGCCACAAUUUACAAAACACUGCUUAAAAUAACCAUAAUGAAAUCAAAAUACAUUUUUUAAAUGUUUAUUUGCAUUGCUAUGCUUCAUAGAUUUUUUUCCCUAGAUUACUGUAUAUUGUGGUACAGGGUAUGUUAUGAAAUGCAAAACUUUCACAACUUUAUUUCUGGAGUGACAAUGACAUAAAUGUUUCAUGUGACACUUAUUUUUGCAAUUCACUUAACUAAUUGUUUUAAAAUAACCAUUCACUUCAAAUGAAGUCAUGUACAGCAGUGGUUCAUCAGUGGCAUCCCUUCAUGCCCCCCCCCAAAGAAAAUUUGACAAAACAUUCCAAAACUUAAAAUUUAAAUUAAACAAAACAUAUUACAUUUUACAAUGUAGUGCUGUUGGUUAGUAGACUUAUUUUGUCUGAGCUUUUAAUUACACAGAAUUUAUGAACAAUUAAUAUAAUAUUUGAUCAAAUGUCUUAAGCUGGGGCCCCCCUCAGUUUGAGAACCACUCAUGUACAGGACUUCAAACCCAUUAAAUGUUUAUAUUCUUAAAUAUCUGUUAUUUUAAAGAGGUAUGUUGAAAUUAGAAACUUGUAGACAGAAACACAAUUGUGCUAAUAUGUGAAUUUAUUUCAUUAGAAAACUAUAUUGUGUAUAAAAUGAUAUUUUCAAAUGGAUAACCUGAAAGGCAGAAAAGGGAUGCAAAAUUCCUAAACUAACAAACUACUUGGGUUCACUUUCAUCCGUGCCCGAGGGCAGGAGCGGCAGCAGCCCACAGUUAGCUUCACCCCCCUGCGUCGUCCCUGAUCCGUGUUUUUAUACAGCGAAAAAGGUAAGCAAGCAGCUGAAGUUAAUGAGUUUAGCACCAUUUGGAUGGUAAUUGCAGUGUUUCCCAUACAUUGAUUUAUUUGUGCGCCACAGAAUCAACACCGCAAAAUUUUUCAUGAUUACCAUUUAAAUUUAUUUUAAUUUUUAAACUGCUAGCAAAAGUAAAUGAAGCUCUCAGCGGCAUCCCUGUACACAAUACAUGUAAAUCUAUUGUGAUUUUGUCAGACGAUGUCGAAUUUAAAAAUCAGGAUUUUAGCAGUAGUAAAGUAACAGUUGUGAAUGAUCCUACCUUAGAUCCUCACGUGCAGAAUGUUUUUAUUAUUGUGUUUUUUAGUUUAUUCCUAAUCAUUUAUUUACAUCAUUUUAUAAUCAUUAGUUAUCCAUAUAAUUGUUUAUUUGAUUAUUUAAUAUUAUUUUAUCAUUAUCAAUUUUAUUAUUAUCAUUUUUGUUGUUACAUUAUUGUUUUUUAUUCAUUAUUGUUUUUCUAUAUUUUAUAAUAUUAUUAAUUCAUUCAUUCUAUUUCUAUAUUUCACAUUGUCUUAAUUCCAUGGUGGUUAAGUUUCAUAGAGCUGUUCUGUCUGUGUGUAAACAGAGAUAGAUAAGCAGAAUGUUUAUGGAAGCUCAAGGUCUAAGGGAUGUUUCAGCUGGGCAAUUGUAAUAUAACAGUGCAUGCUGUAUUCCUGGGUAGACGAGGUUUGAACAUUGAGGCAUAUGCAACUGAAACUAAACUGUCCAUCAAUAAAACUCUGUUCUAUUUUAUCAUCUAAAACCUCCGUCUCUCACGACUCUGUUUAUGCUCUCCUCUAGCAACGAUUGAUCAGCCUUGUAUCUGACAGAUACUUUAACAAAGUAAACUUAUAUUUCUGACGUGAUCUGGUGUCCGGGGCUGGAUCGUUUUAUUUUGUCUCUGGUGUGGAGACCAGGGGUGUAUUCCAGAAAGCAGGUUAUGUGACUUACCCGGGUAAGUUUAGGAGUAAGUAAGCGGAUAACCUCUGCUUUCGGUUCCAAAAACGAAGGUAACUUUCGGGUUAUGUAAGUAACCAUAGCAACUGACUCUCUGAAGAUAACCUGCUCCGGAGCAGGUUAUGUUGCAGGGUAAGUUCAUUUUAGUUAAUAAAACGAGGCUCCGGAGGAUGUCUGCGCAUGCGUGUACUUAUGAUGAGCUUGCAGCAGGCGUGGAAGCAUAUAUUUCGCAUAAUAUUACAAUGUUAAAGCAUUUAUUUUAUUACAUUUACAAUCGCGA